UACAGAUUCUAUUGGGACCUGUGUAUGUUACUACUGCUCGUGGCCAACCUCAUCAUCCUGCCUGUCGCCAUCUCCUUCUUCAACGAUGACCUCAGCACGCGCUGGAUCGCCUUCAAUUGUCUUUCCGACACCAUAUUUCUUAUAGAUAUCGUUGUUAAUUUUAGAACAGGAAUAAUGCAGCAAGAUAAUGCAGAACAAGUGAUAUUAGAUCCCAAGUUAAUAGCGAAGCACUAUUUGAGGACAUGGUUCUUCCUUGACCUCAUCUCUAGUAUACCACUAGAUUAUAUAUUUUUGAUCUUCAAUCAGGUAAACGACUUUAGUGAAAGCUUUCAAAUUCUUCACGCGGGUCGUGCACUAAGGAUACUUCGGUUAGCAAAACUUCUAUCUCUGGUGCGGUUGUUGCGGCUCUCCAGGCUCGUCCGAUAUGUAUCACAAUGGGAGGAAGUAUAUUUCCUCAACAUGGCAUCCGUUUUCAUGCGGAUAUUCAACUUGAUCUGCAUGAUGUUAUUGAUCGGACACUGGUCCGGUUGUCUACAGUUCCUCGUUCCUAUGCUACAAGGAUUCCCACCAAACUCUUGGGUUGCAAUAAACGAACUACAGGAAGCGUUUUGGUUAGAACAGUACUCGUGGGCGCUGUUCAAGGCCAUGUCACAUAUGCUGUGCAUCGGUUACGGCCGCUUCCCACCGCAGUCGCUCACAGACAUGUGGCUCACCAUGCUCUCCAUGAUCUCCGGAGCCACUUGCUACGCCUUGUUCCUGGGUCACGCCACCAAUCUCAUUCAGAGUCUUGACUCCUCACGAAGACAGUACCGAGAAAAGGUGAAACAAGUGGAGGAGUACAUGGCGUACCGCAAGCUGCCUCGAGAGAUGCGUCAACGAAUCACGGAGUACUUCGAGCACCGCUACCAGGGCAAGUUCUUCGACGAGGAGCUGAUCCUGGGCGAGCUGAGCGAGAAGCUGCGGGAGGACGUUAUCAACUACAACUGCCGAUCACUCGUCGCCUCUGUGCCAUUCUUUGCCAACGCCGACUCAAACUUCGUGUCCGACGUUGUGACCAAACUACGUUACGAAGUCUUCCAACCUGGUGAUAUCAUCAUUAAGGAAGGAACAAUCGGGAGCAAAAUGUAUUUCAUACAAGAAGGCAUCGUGGACAUCGUCAUGGCCAACGGUGAAGUGGCCACGAGUUUGUCAGACGGUUCCUACUUUGGUGAAAUCUGUCUCCUAACGAACGCUCGUAGAGUGGCCUCCGUCCGCGCCGAGACGUACUGCAAUUUAUUCUCCCUAUCAGUGGACCACUUCAACGCUGUGCUCGACCAGUACCCGCUCAUGCGACGGACCAUGGAGAGUGUGGCGGCGGAACGACUAAACAAGAUAGGGAAGAACCCCAACCUCGUGGCGCACCGGGAGGACGACACGACGUCGGAAGGCAACACCAUCAACGCCGUGGUGAACGCGCUGGCGGCCGAGGCCGAGCACGUGAGCCUGUCGGACGACAGCGUGGCGCGGCUGUCGGAGCGCUCGCUGGGGCUGGCGCUGCAGCCGCUGCAGGCGGCGUCGUGUCGCAUGGCGGGCGUGGCGCUGCCGGGGCUGGGCGUGGCGGGCGUGGCGCUGCCGCGGCCCAAGUCGGAGCACGACUUCAGCGCCGCCGCGCCGCUGUCGUCCGCGGCCGCCGCCUUCCACAAGUCGGACGCGGGCAUCGCGCCCUGA